GUUUUUCUUCAUCAAUAUCCAAAGAAAAUCAUAUAAAGGGGCACUCAAGAAAAAGUCAAAAAGAUUAUAACAUCAAGCCUUGCAAAAUUAUCUUAUUUAAAGAAAAGUGGAUUGAUGACAUAGCAAGCUUGCAACAGAGCCUUAAGAGAGAUCGAAUUGAAAGAAAGUGUGAUGCUAGUAUUGAAAAUCCAUUGAAUAAUCUUAGUGAUGUUCGCAGUGAAUGCAAUGUUUGUAAGAAAAAGUUUUUUAAGAGACAUUUAGCUCUUCACAUGAGAAUGCAUGUGGAAGAAAAAUCCUCUCCAAAAUAUAACACACGCAAAUACUGCUUGAAGGAUUCACAAAAUAAUCAGGAACUAUUGGAGUGUCACAAUUGUAAAAAAAAAUUUGCGCGAAAAGAUACAUUAGUAAAUCAUAUGCGAGUACAUUCUGGGGUGCAUCCAUUUAAAUGUACUAUUUGCUCAAAAACAUUUACUCAGAAAAGUUCUUUGCAGAAGCAUAACCAUGCAGUACACACAAAUAUUAGGGAUUUUCAGUGCUCAAUUUGCCUCAAUUCGUACCCAACUAACUACAGGCUUUCGGUACACAUGAAAACCCAUAAUACCGAAAAAUUAUUCAAAUGUUCUAUUUGUCCAAAAUCGUUCAUUAUGGAAAGUUACUUGAAAACACAUAUGAAAACACAUGCACCUAAAGUUCAUAUUAAGUGCCAACAGUGUUCAAAAACCUUCUUCAGAAAAACUAACCUUAGUAAACAUAUGAAAAUCCAUGCCAAGCGAGAAAAAAUGUUCAAGUGUGCAACUUGUCUGAAAGGUUUUUAUGAAAAAAGGGACUUGACCCAGCAUGUGAAAAUACACAGUGUUCUUCGUCCAUACAAAUGUUCAUUAUGCUCAAAGGACUUUCCUAUUGAACGUUAUUUAAAACAUCAUAUGCAAUAUCAUAUGAAACAAGAGAAAUUGUUUCAAUGUAUGCUAUGCCCAAAAAGUUUCCAUCACUCCUCCUAUUUGAGAAAUCAUUUGAGAAUCCACAAAGAGAAACAUGUGGAGUGCAAAUUCUGUUCAAAAACUUUCUACCAUAAAAGUGAAAUGCUGAGUCAUCUUCGUGUUCAUACAGGCGAAAAACCAUAUCCAUGCACGCUUUGCUCCAAAAGGUUCUCACAAAAGUACGGUCUCAAAAAUCAUUUAAGAAUACAUACUGGUGAGAAACCAUUCAAGUGUGUAGAAUGUUUAAAGUCCUUUAGCAAGAAGGCAAACAUGAAGAUACAUAUGAGAAUUCACACAGGCGAGCGACCCUAUCAGUGUAAGACCUGUUCUAAAAGCUUUUCCCACUAUAACUAUCUGAAAACUCACGUGGAUAUACAUUCGAAAACCAAACUUCACAAAUGUGCCAUUUGUUCAAGAAGCUUUUCCACUCGCUCAAUCUUGUCAGUUCAUUUGAGAACACACACUGGUGAGAAACGAUACAAAUGCUCGGUUUGCCCAAGAAGAUUUGCUCAUGCUCCCACUUUGAAAAAACACUUGAUGCGUCAUAAAGGAGAGAAACCGUUCACAUGUAAUGAUUGCUCGAAAAGUUUUUUGAUAAAGACUGAUCUUGCAUACCAUAUCGAAAGUAAACAUAGACCGGUUGAAUCUCAUUGUGAUAUUUGUUUGAAAACAUUCUCUAAUAUUUCAAAUUUGAGAAGACAUAACAGCAAGGUACAUAAAGAUUAACUGAAAAGGUACUUAUGAAUGGCUCUCGUGAAUAGUAUCAAAGAAAUCAAUUCAGGUUACUUAUUGAAAUGUAUAAAAAGCAUUUAGAAUAUGGCACUUCAGUACAUAAUAUUACAGCAGAAUUAUGGAUUAAGGAGAAACAUCUGCAAGACUAACCUUUAUGAGGUAUCUUGAAUAAAUGUCUGUCAGAUAUAAUUCAAUAUCCAACGUGGUAUUAGCCGGGGAAGUAGUUGCUUUCCAGGAGGCAUUUACCAGAACCCACUGUGUAGGAUGGUGGGAGAGAUGAAUCAUAGAAAAUUUCAUUUAGAAAUAUUCAUUUUCUUGAUUUAAAAAAAGAAUGUUUUAUUGUGUAAUUCAAUGUUCAUAUGAAAGCAGUUGUUUUGAAAGGAAUUUUUCUUUCGUGAAAUUCCAUGUUCAUAUAAAAGUAGUUGAUUCACGAGGGCUUUUUGUUUCAGUUUGUAAAAAAACUUCUGUGCAUCACAGAUGUUGAAUAGAAUAGAUUUAUUCACCAAUAUAACUUACAAUGUACACGUGGCAAAUCAAACAAACAAUUUAAAAUGCUCAUUUAUAUUCUAAAAUAUAUCUGUAUUAACUAUAUAUUGUAUAAAUAAAAAUAAUGAAACAUU